AUCCCCCACCCCACCCAUGGGCUCCCUCAGGUGGGAGGCGGGGGCCUGGCUUCCAUGCAGAACCCAACAGGUCCUUCCCACACUUAGCACUGUCCACUCCAGAAGGGACCUUAAAGAUCAGGGCCUCCCAGGAGCUGGGGGUGCAGCUCAGUGGCAGAGCACUUGCCCCACAUGCACAAGGCCCUGGGUUCUUUUCCCACUGCUCCAAGAAAUUUUUAAAAAGCCAGCUUUGCAGUCAGAGGUCUGCAGGCCCUGCAAUGCCCUGCCACUUGCCCUGCAGCCCCAGGGAGGUGUCAGCAGGCAGAGAGCUGAGACCUAGGCGGUUGCCCUGCGGCCCCAGGAGCCAGUUUCUGCUUGCCUUGUCUUCCUCGCUCCCGCUGGACUCUGCCACUUCCCCCACUGGCUCUGCGGCCGUGUGCUGGGGCUCACACGGAGGUCAGAGUCUCGUGGCCCAGCCUCCAGGAGCAAAGGGGUUCCCAGCCCUUGCUGCUCGCCUUUGGGGCCCAGCUCCACCAGCCUGCGCUGCACUGGGUCCCUGGCUGCAGUUCAAGGGGUUCCUCCAAAACGGUGACCUCGGCCUCCAGCCCUGAACAGCCAGGCUUCUCCAAAGCAGGAUCUUCUGAGAACACUGACGUCGACACAGAAUUCCUUGGGGACACAGCUAGGAUGUGGAAGAAUCUUUUACCCCAGUUCCAAGACAGAUACUGUGAUCUCUGAAGGUUCUCAGUCAUUAAAUAAACAGUCCUUGGACGCCUAUUAGGAGGGUGCUGAAGAGGCAUCAGGGACCAGGGGUGACCAUCUGCUCCCUGCAGGCCAGGCUCUGGGAGGCAGGCUGUGUGAGGCUGGGGAGCUGAGUUGCACGCCACCCUGCUCCCUGUAGUUGUGCCCCAAUAGAGCUAAGGCCAGGGAGACCUGGCUGAUCAGUCGAGGUUUUGUCUGGUCCCGCGGCGACCAGUAUCCAGCUAAGUGUCACAGUGCGAUGAUCCGCAUCCCGGAGAAGCGAAAUCAGCUGUGAAAUGAAUGAUGGGGGAGCCUGGCCUGCCUUCUUCUUUCAACCUGGGAGCCCCAUGAACUUUUCCCUGGAAGGCAAACAAAGGAGAAGUGCGGGCGCCCCCUGGCGGCAGCUUCCCUCCGUGUCGGUGCGAGCUGGGCGAAGUCUUGGCUGGCCCUUGAAAAGGGGUCUGGAAUAUGGGUCCCAGGAUGCAGCAGACCUCCCCCACCCCCACCUCGGCCCCGGGGGCUCAUUCAUUGUUAAUGUGCAGUCUCUGAAGCCAAGACCGGAAGCCAGCGCAGUGCUCUUGGCUGGGAGCAGGCCGGCCGCUGCUGCCUCACAACUCUGCAGCUAAGUGCUUACUGCGAGCCUGCCAGCUGGAAGGGACACGGUCUGCUUGGUGCUGGGGAGAAGACUGAGGCCCAGGGACAGGACAGGAUCUGCACAGUCGUCCUCUGGGACAGAGUGAGGGCCUGGCUGCCGGGCAGAUCCUUCCCCUCACCCUUAUCCUCUUUGUCUGUCUGUCUGUCUGUCUGUCUGUCUGUCUCUCUCUCUCUCUCUCUCUCUCUCUCUCUCUCUCUGUCUCCCAGUCCCUCCAUCUCUUUGUUUCUGUCCUGCUCUUUCCCUAUCCCUCUCCUGAGCUGUCCUUGCCUCUGUCUGCCUCCAUGCCCUCCCAGGUCCAGUUCAUGAAGCCUGACUGAGCUCACAGUGCUGGUCAGAAGCAGGGUCACCUGCAUCCCAGGCACCUGUCUCCCAGAGAGACAGCCUCAAAAUAUACUCAGAGUCCAAAGUUCACAUGCAAAGGUUCUGACAGGGCCUGAGUGUGUGGGUGUGUGUAUUGCAUGUGUGUACACUGUACGUGUGAUGUGUGCCUGUAUAUGUGCUGUUACAAGCACGCUGGGUGGCAUUGCGUGUGUCACGUGUUCGUGUUUGUAGUAUAUCGAGUGUGUUCACACGUCUUGGUGCACUGUGUGUACACAUGAACUGCACAUGUGUUCGUCACAUUUGUGUGUACGUUUCAUGUGCAUGUAAUAUGUGCACAUGUGUGCUGGGUGUGUGGGGUCGAUUGCAGAGGGGUUCUGGGGGAGUGGAUGCUGAAGCUCCGAGGAUUUUAAGAAGUUUCUGACCUAAAAACUGAAGAACCACUCUCUCUCCCAACCUGAAGCUGGUCAGGUGGUGGUGGUUCCAUCCGAGUAGAGGCACGGGGUCUCCCCCAGGACCACCUUGGGAGAGGAAGGCUAUGACCACCUUUGGAGCUGGAAGGCUAUGAAACUCUGGAAGGGGUAGAGAGAGGGACUUGCCCCCUCGGGAUGGUGGCUCAAAGGUCUGGAGGACUGGAGAUGCCUUGCUGAGCUCCCCCUGCCAUCUGCUCCAGGGCUGAGAACCCACAGGGAUUGGGGGCAGUGGACUGGCUGAGGAUCACUUCACCUGGUGGCCCUUCUGUCUGGAGGCACGGUUUCUCGACCCUCGUGCCCCUGGACCAGGGGUGCCUGGUGUGGAAAUCACAUACCGUCCCCUUUCUGAGUAUCUGGAGGAGUCUUUAGCUAAUUUAAAGAUCCUAAUUUUUAAAAAUAUUUUUCAACAAAGGCAUGCCAAAUUGGAAAAGAGAACAGCAAAAAAGAGAGGAUUAUAUUUAAAAAAUAGACAAGCUGACUUGUACGUGAAAUAUGUAAAUUUGGUAAAUAUUUAUUAGAAAUGAGAACGGAAAGCAGCCGAGGAUUGCGGCAGAUGGACGAGAAAGCCCGGGAAUGCUCACAUGUGGUGAGAAGCCACUUGGGCGCCUGUGUUCCCAUCCCGCUAAGCAGCACCCUGUGUCAAUGUGCAGAAUCUCACUGUCCGCCGGCAAAGUGGCUGAGCCAGAUGAAUGCAGGCAUGCCCUGGGCCGCCCUGAUGCGGGGCAGCCCGGUGCCUGGCCCCAAGGGCAUGAUGGACAAAUCACCCUGGACAGAAAGGACAAGAAGGAGGCGGUAUCUGAGGUGUGGAUUAAGAGUCAGGGCUUUGGAGUCUGGGCUGUGAGUCCCAGAUCUGGUUCCUUAACCUCUCGGGACCUCAGAUUUCUCUAGUGUGAAAUGGGACAGCCAUACCUCCUUCCCAGCUGCAGUGAAUGCUGUAUCCAUGAUCCAGCGAGAAAAAUGCACGCCCUGCUUACCUGUGUGUCCAGCUCACAUGUGCACUUGAUAAAUGGAAAACCAGAGAACUGGCAUUGACCCAGAAUGGAUCAGGCAGGCUGUUUGGAAACCUAAGACCCUGAAGCUCAUACGGCUUCCAGGAUAACACGGUGCUAAGAAGCUGUGUUCAGUCCUGGGGUGACAGUCACCCACUGUGCCAGCCAGGAGGACUUGCAGCUCCUCUCUGAACCACGAACCCCGUCCAUAAAAUGGGAUGCUGCUGAGUGGGGAGCUGCUCGCCGGGCUGCCAGGAGGGGUCACUGCACAGUGCCAGGGUAGUGGGUGCUGGUUCACACCAGCUGCCCCAAGGAUCUCCAUAUCCCCCUUGAUCCCAGCUGUCUUCUGAGCAGCUGUCCCAUCAUGCCGGUGUUGUGUAAGCGCGUCACCUGGGUCCUCUUGGGGAUCGCACAUGCACCCUAAUGAUGAGCACCUCACAUGUUCUUGUUGAGGUUGUACGAAGGCGUCGUGGAUCGUGCCUGUGCCCUGGUGAUGAGCAUGAGUGCGCGAGCUUUGCGAUCAACCUCCAUCAUCAGUCAUCUCUGGCCCAGUCGUGACUUGUAACCCCAGGCAGCUCAGAAACAUCGCCUUGGACAAAGACCAUUUCCAGGACUGCUCUUCGCCAGCCUGAGGACCUGCCAGCAGCCAGCAGAGGCCAGGGAGUGGGAGUGGCUCCUUGUGGAUUCCAGCCAGGGAGAUGGAGCUGGAUGACCAUCCAUCACCAGAUAAAUGGAAGUGCCAGGCCUCCUGCCAGGGGCUCCGUCACUGCCACUGGAAGGAGAAGCAGAGGGCACAGCCUUCAGGGCCAUCCAGCCCAAGAGCCAACCAGACUCAUGGGAGUGAGGACCUCGGAGUGACAGAAGAGAGCGUGAGUGUCCUACAGCGGGCAGCCACGCCAGGCCCUGAGAUGCUGUGCCCCACCUUGCUUCACAGAUGCCAAGGAAUGAAGGCAAAGUUCUUCCUGUUCAUCCUGAUCAUCUUCCUGGCAGAGCUGUCUGCAGCCAUCCUGGCAUUCAUCUUCAGGGAAAACCUGACCCGUGAGUUCUUCACCAAGGAACUCACCAAGCACUACCAGGGCAGUAAUGACACAGACGUCUUCUCCGCCACCUGGAAUUCCGUCAUGAUCACAUUUGGCUGCUGUGGGGUCAAUGGACCUGAAGACUUCAAGCUGGCAUCAGUGUUUCGCCUGCUGAGCCUGGACAGUGAGGAGGUGCCAGAGGCCUGCUGCCAGCGGGAGCCCCAGGCCCGGGACGGCGUGCUGCUCAGCCGGGAGGACUGCCUGCUGGGGCAGAGCCAGUUCAUAAACAAGCAGGGUUGCUACUCGGUGAUCCUCAAUGCCUUCGAAACCUACGUCUACCUGGCAGGAGCCCUGGCCAUAGGGGUGCUGGCCAUCGAGAAAGCUUUCUGGGAAACCACUUGGAAGCGGGCCUGGCACCUGAUAAGCUCCCAAUACAUGCUCAAAUCCAGAGAAGGGAGGCACCUGGCCCAAAGUCACCACUGGUAAAGGGAGCCGCUGGAUUUGAACCCAUGACUCUAUGCUUCGAGAGCCCCCCCUUCUCAGGAGGCCAAUGCGGUGUGUUGGGGGACCAGUGUCAGGAAUUGCUGCCCGAGCGUGACCCGGAAGCACGUGGCCCCUUCCCCUCCGGGGGACCUAGACACUGUGGGCCCAGCCUGACCGGUCACCCUGCUUUC